ACAGUUGUAGAGCUUUUAUUGUGAAAUUGUUGCAAAAGCCAAAUUUUGCGCUCCUGUUGAAAUUAAAAAAUAUAUUUUUACUAUAAAACGGGAAUCUUUGUGAAGACCAGAUAGGAUUUUCAAUAGAUUCAGCGGACUAAAAGCAAAAGUCAACCCCAAUAUGUCUGUGGAAAGCACAGCUGACAGCGAGUACAACUUUGAGGAUAAAUUUGAGAAGCAUUUACGUGUUCUAUUUUAUAUGAAUCCCCUCCCAGAGAAUCCAAAAUGUGAUACAUCUAAAUUGGAAUUCUUUGGUGUUCUCAGACUUAAAGAUGUCCUAAAACCUGAGCGUAACCUUUGGUGCAUUUAUCAUUGUCGUCAGCCAGAUAUAGAUAGAACCAUUGACGCGUUGCUGGAAAAAUAUGGCAAAAAGAAUAUGUGUGAAAUAUUCCGAAAGCCGAUAUUUAAGGGAGCUGCAUUGAGGGCGGCAGUUAAAAAAUAUUUUACGGACUUGAAAUGGUUUGUCAAAGGAAAUCUGUUAGAGGCUCCACCAAAACGUCACUUCAAUGAUGAUCGCGUGAUAAAGUGUUUAACGGAUGUGUAUAAUAUCGAACGACAAAAACUCCAUAAUUUUGUGGUAAUGCAAUUACACUGGGGAAAUCAAUAUAGGUAAUAUUGAAAGCAAGCAAACAAAUUAAAGAAAUUCUGCAUAAUUCAGUGUUAA